AUGUCGGACCUACGCUACGACGGGCAGACUGUGGUUGUCACAGGCGCCGGUGGUGGUUUAGGAAAGGCCUAUGCGCUCUUCUUUGCCUCACGAGGUGCUAACGUUGUCGUCAAUGAUUUGGGUGUUUCACAUACUGGCGAGGGUCAGUCGUCAAAGGGUGCGGACCUUGUUGUCAACGAGAUUAGAGCCAAAGGUGGUAAGGCCGUUGCCAAUUACGACAGUGUUGAGUUCGGAGAUAAAAUUAUUGAAACCGCCAUCAAAAACUUCGGCCGCAUCGAUAUUCUCAUCAACAAUGCGGGAAUCCUCCGAGAUAUUAGCUUUAAGAACAUGAAGGACCAGGAUUGGGAUCUCAUCAACAAGGUCCACGUCUACGGUUCAUACAAGUGUGCAAGAGCUGCCUGGCCCUACUUCAGAAAACAAAAAUUCGGCAGAGUUAUCAACACUGCUUCGGCUGCAGGCUUGUUCGGUAACUUCGGCCAGACAAACUAUUCAGCUGCAAAAUUGGCCAUGGUUGGCUUUACCGAGACGUUGGCAAAGGAGGGUAUUAAAUACAACAUCCAUGCCAAUGUCAUCGCUCCAAUUGCUGCUAGCCGCAUGACGGAAACGAUUAUGCCUCCGGAAGUGCUUGAGAACCUUAAGCCUGAAUGGGUUGUUCCCUUAGUGGCGGUGCUCGUACACUCGUCCUCCAAGGAGACCGGGUCCAUUUUUGAGGCCGGAGCUGGCCAUAUUGCGAAGUUGCGCUGGGAACGUGCCAAAGGUGCGUUGCUGAAGGCAGAUGACUCCCUUACACCCGGUGCAAUUCUGGCGAAAUGGGACCAAGUCGGGGAUUUCUCUGCGCCGAGCUACCCAACUGGACCCAACGAUUUUAUGGACUUGCUUCAGGAAGGGAUGAAGCUCCCAAGUAGCCCUCCCGCCCAACAACCAGACUUCACUGGUAAGGUUGCGCUGAUCACUGGUGCUGGAAAUGGCCUUGGUCGAUCAUAUGCGCUCCUCUUUGCUAAACUAGGUGCUGCUGUUGUUGUCAACGAUCUGGUUGAUCCAGAGCCAGUCGUUCAGGAAAUCAAGAAGAUGGGAGGUAAAGCGGUUGGCUCCAAAGCAUCGGUCGAAGAUGGCCCGGCUGUUGUGAAGCCUGCCAUCGAUGCCUUUGGACGAAUUGACAUCCUCGUCAACAAUGCCGGUAUCCUCCGUGACAAAGCGUUCACCAACAUGGAUGAUAAUUUGUGGAACACCGUGGUCAACGUCCAUCUUCGCGGCACCUAUAGCGUCACUAAGGCUGCUUGGCCAUACAUGUUAAAGCAGAAGUAUGGGCGGAUUGUCAACACCACCAGUACCAGCGGUAUCUAUGGCAACUUUGGUCAGGCAAACUACGCAGCUGCUAAACUGGGUAUCCUUGGUUUCUCUCGGGCCUUGGCUCUGGAGGGCGCCAAGUAUAACAUCCUCGUUAAUACUAUCGCACCCAAUGCUGGCACUCAAAUGACUCGAACCGUUAUGCCUGAAGAAGUUGUUCAGGCUUUCAAACCUGACCAAGUUGCGCCACUCAUUGUCCUUUUGUGCUCCGAUAUGGUUCCAGAGCCAGCCACUAAAGGUUUGUACGAAUGUGGUAGUGGUUGGUUCGGCAAAACCAGAUGGCAGCGUUCUGGUGGUCAUGGCUUCCCGAUUGAUGUCGAAUUGACCCCAGAAGCAGUUGCUUCUAUGUGGGGCAAGAUCACCGACUUCGAUGAUGGCCGUGCAGACCACCCUGAAGAUGGUCAGGCCGGAGCACAGAGUAUCAUGGAGAACAUGAGCAACCGAAGUGGCGGCCAGGCCAAGAAAGCAAAUGAUGAAAACCAGCAAAUUCUCGAUGCAAUCACAGCCGCUAAGGAAGUGAAAGCGGAGGGAACUUCGUUUGACUAUACUGACCGCGACGUAAUCCUUUAUAACGUCAGCCUUGGUGCCAAACGAACCCAGCUUCCUCUUGUCUACGAGAACGAUGAUAAUUUCCAGCCUCUGCCUACAUUCGGUGUUGUUCCAUGGUUCAACACUAACAUUCCAUGGAACAUGGGUGAGAUUGUCGCCAACUUUUCGCCUAUGAUGCUGCUUCACGGCGAGCAGUAUUUGGAGAUUAGGAAAUUCCCCAUCCCAACGGCUGCGAAGACCGUGUCUUAUCCCAAACUUAUCGAUGUCGUCGAUAAGGGAAAUGCGGCGGUUGUCGUGAAUGGCUACGUAACCAAGGAUGCUAGAACUGGAGAGGAUCUCUUCUACAAUGAGUCUACCAUGUUCAUUCGCGGAAGUGGCGGUUUUGGCGGCUCGAAGAAACCGUCCGCCCGCCGUCCCGCGGCGGCCACCAAUGCAUACAAGCCACCACAGCGCAAACCUGACGCCGUUGUUGAGGAAAAGACAUCCGAAGAUCAAGCCGCUCUCUAUCGCCUCAAUGGUGAUCGCAACCCUCUUCACAUUGACCCAGAGUUUAGCAAAGUUGGUGGCUUUAAGAUCCCCAUUCUUCAUGGUCUUUGUUCCAUGGGUGUCUCCGGUAAACAUGUCUUCAGCACUUUUGGUGCUUUCAAGAACAUCAAGGUUCGAUUUGCUGGCGUUGUCCUUCCUGGUCAGACCCUCAAGACGGAGAUGUGGAAGGAGGGCAACGUCGUCAUCUUCCAGACGACCGUUGUGGAGACCGGAAAACCGGCCAUUGCUGGUGCUGGUGUAGAGCUUCUUUCUGAAAAGACCGCAAAGCUCUAA